UACUUUUUGAGAAAUUGGUCACUGCCAUGACAGUUGACAAAAAACGUAAGCUAUUCUUAUAGCAUUGCUUAAACUGUCGAUUAAGCUGAGGGAGGGACACUGUAGCCAAUGGAACUAUGGGAUUAAUAAAGAUUAGUUGCCUGUGGUAUCUGGUGAUGAUUUUUAAAUCAACAUUUAUCGUGAGUGUUAUUACAUCAACAUCGGCGAUUUCUAGUGUAGCAACAGCAACACCUCAAGUAACGUAUAGUACGUUGAUAGUCCUGCCGCCCAUGCAGAAGGAAGUGGCGGGGGUGCGGAUGUAUUUUAGGGAGGGCCCCAGUCUGUCCUCUGCUCCAGUCUUCAAUGUCUAUCUAGGAGAUCGAUUCUACAUGUUCCUUAAAUAUACUGGAGACGAGUACGUCAUCAAACCAGUGGCGUGUACAGCCUACUCUGGGGUAGUUCUAGACGAGAGCGUGUCGAAGGUCGUCCUAUGGAAUCAAAGUUGUGCAGGUAGAACAGAUGUAAUGGAGAAUUUCAUCAACAAGACAUCUACCCUUUUACAAGCUACAUUAUAUGGAUUCCACUUCAACUCAAGUCAUUAUGUUACCAUCGAGUGCACGGUGCGCAUCUGCAGACAAAACACAACUUGUGCUACAUCCAAGAUCUGUGGGGCAAAACGAAGACGACGCAAAAAGGAUCUCUCAUCUUUAGGAUCGUCGUCUUUCCGAGUGCUGGAUGGGGUUACAAAUAACGGUGGACAGACCAGACCCCCCUUUCCAUUUCACAACUUUAACUUGUGUUCGAUUCUUGUAUUGACUGCUUUUGUUAACAAAUUUGUUUUAUGAAAUAGUUUGCGAGUUCCACUAUAGAAUCUAUGAUCGACCUUCAUUAUUAUAAAACAGUUAAAUUAGUCCAGUGUUUACUAUUCUAUAUGACCUAUGCAAAAAUAUUAUUCCAAAAUUCUCAGAUGUAUUUUUGUGCAAAGAAUAUUUCAUUACUGUGAAUCGGUGUUUAUGUUUCAGUGUCUGCAUAAUACAAAUAAAAGUAUACUGUGAUGAGAAUUGUCUGAACAUACUCUCCGAUUUGAUAUCAUGAAUUUUGUCGCAUAUCAAGUGCAGAAAUGUCAUUAUUUAUAUCCAUUACAUGUAUUAAUUUUUUUUAAAAUCUGUAUUGUUAGAAGACAUGAUUAUGUAUAUAUAUCUUAGGUAAUGAUUGAUAUGUGUUGCUUAUAUUGUGUUGACACUCAGAGACAAAUCAAGUUAAAUUCAAUAAAUCUUGAGUCAAUUUCAA